AUGGCUUUGCUUCGCCUUAGUAUGUUAUCUUCGGUUACAUUUGCCUUUUCACUUGUUUUCCUGAUCUCCAUACCUACUGGAGUGAUUGAUCCAAGCCUCGCGGGAUUAGCCGUGACUUAUGGACUCAGUUUGAAUACUCUGCAAGCUUGGCUGAUCUGGACUCUCUGUAAUCUUGAGAACAAAAUCAUAUCGGUGGAGAGGAUUCUUCAGUAUGCAAGUGUUCCCAGUGAGCCACCUCUUGUGAUAGAGUCAAAUCGACCUGAGAAAUCAUGGCCUUCACGUGGAGAAGUGGACAUCCGUGAUCUUCAGGUCCGAUAUGCUCCACAUAUGCCACUUGUGUUGCGGGGAAUAACAUGCACAUUCAAAGGAGGUUUAAGAACAGGAAUUGUAGGAAGGACAGGAAGCGGGAAGUCGACUUUGAUUCAGACCCUUUUCCGCAUUGUAGAGCCAUCAGCUGGAGAAAUCAGGAUAGAUGGAGUGAAUAUAUUGACCAUUGGGCUGCAUGACUUGCGUCUAAGGCUAAGUAUAAUUCCCCAAGAUCCAACCAUGUUUGAAGGAACAGUGAGAAGUAACUUGGACCCUCUUGAAGAGUACACAGAUGAUCAAAUAUGGGAGGCUCUUGACAAGUGUCAGCUAGGAGAUGAGGUGAGGAGAAAGGAGCAAAAACUAGACUCAUCUGUGAGUGAGAAUGGAGAGAAUUGGAGUAUGGGACAGAGGCAACUUGUGUGUCUUGGGAGAGUGCUUCUCAAGAGAAGCAAGAUCUUGGUGCUCGAUGAAGCCACGGCUUCUGUUGACACUGCAACUGACAAUCUUAUUCAGAAAACGUUAAGGGAACACUUCGCAGAUUGUACAGUGAUAACCAUUGCACACAGGAUAUCUUCGGUUAUUGACAGCGACAUGGUUCUGCUUCUAAGCAAUGGGAUCAUUGAGGAGUAUGAUUCGCCAGUGAGAUUGCUGGAGGACAAAUCUUCAUCUUUUGCUAAACUGGUGGCUGAAUACACCGCAAGAUCAAGUUCCAGUUUUUGA